CCGCAAAAACCUCUUUCCCUUAAAAAUCUCCCGUCAACGCGUCUUGCCAUCAUCGUAAAACUCCCACCACCACCUGAGUGCCCGAAAUACAUACCCAAACCCGAAUUUCAGAGAGAUAGAGAGCGGGGGGGCCGUCAUGCUCUGUUAGCCCUCUCACUCUCCUAUCCAUCAGAAACCCUAAAAAUCUCACAUUCCCUUCACAUGCCAAUUCCUUCUCUUUGAUGCGACGACCGCAUGCCCGCAACCGGGUCGAUUCAAAUACCACCGACCAGCAAAAAAUGGAUCCUUCUAUCAAACUUCACAGCCGAACCAUCUCAACCCGAUCUACCAAAUUCAAAUACGCCAAAUCCAAACUAGUUAUUAUAAUAACUCUAAUCGCUCUCUUAUCUUGUUAUUACCUCUUUAAAUCGAAAACGAAAUCGUUUUCUAAAAUGUACGGUAUCAUAAUCGACGGAGGGAGUACGGGUACCCGGAUUCAUGUAUUGGGGUACCGAAUUGAAAGUGGAGGGAAAGUUGUGUUUGAUUUAGAAGAAGGAGCAAUGAAGGUGAAUCCAGGGUUAUCGGCUUAUGCGGGGGAUCCGGAAGGUGCAGGUGGGUCAGUGGAGGAAUUGGUGGAGUUUGGGAAAGGGAGAGUGCCUAGAGAAUUGUGGGGAGAGACUGAGGUUAGGUUAAUGGCGACUGCCGGAAUGCGGUUGCUUGAUUCGGAGGCUCGAGAUCGGAUUUUAGACGUGUGCAGACGGGUUUUGAGGAAGUCUGGGUUUAAGUUUCAGGAUAGUUGGGCUUCUGUUAUUACUGGGUCGGAUGAGGGGUUGUAUGCUUGGGUUAUUGCGAAUUAUGCGUUGGGUACUCUUGGUGGCGAUCCUUUGGAAACUACUGGGAUUAUUGAACUUGGUGGAGCUUCUGCUCAGGUGGCUUUUGUUUCAACUGAGCCAGUGCCUCCUGAGUUUUCACGUACUGUUGAGUUUGGGAAUAUUACUUAUAAUGUCUAUAGCCAUAGCUUUCUUAAUCUUGGACAGAAUGCUGCAUCUGAAGCAUUGAGGGAAUCGCUUGUCUCAGGAAACCAUCAUCCGGCUGCUGAAUCUCUUGGGAAGGGAAUAUUUGUGGAUCCUUGUACUCCCAAGGGAUAUUCACGUGUUGUGGAGUCUUUGAAGCUCUCUCCAGGUUCUUUGACUGAAAAGAACAGAUUUGUAUCAACUCUUCAUUCUAGGGGCAACUUCUCCGAGUGCAGAUCAGCUGCACUAACACUGUUACAAAAGGGAAAAGAGAUAUGCUCCUAUCAGCAUUGCCAAAUAGGAUCGGUGUUCAUACCUAAGCUUCAGGGGAAGUUCUUGGCCAUGGAAAAUUUCUUUUAUACAUCAAAGUUCUUUGGACUGGGUCAAAGGGCAUUUCUUUCCAAUCUCAUGAUAGCUGGAGAACACUUCUGUGGGGAGGAUUGGUCAACGUUGAAGAAGAAACACCACUCGUUCAAGGAUGAAGAUCUGGUGCACUAUUGCUUCUCCUCGGCAUAUAUUGUUGCCCUACUUCAUGACAGCCUUGGUAUUGCAGUUGACGACCCAAGAAUUGAAUUUGCUAAUCAGGUUGGUAAUAUCCCACUUGAUUGGGCGUUGGGAGCUUUUAUCUUGCACACCAAUGUGGCCUUGGAUAUGGAGCACUCUGACUGGAUUGCAACUAUUAUCAGUGAUGACUCGCCCACACUACUGUCUCUAAUUGGCUUUGCCAUAUUAAUAAUGUUUAUAGCAUGGUCUAUAUCGAAGUGGAGGAAGCCCCAGUUGAAGACAGUUUACGAUCUAGAGAAGGGACGGUAUAUAGUUACUCGAGUUGGAAAAAGUUGAUAGCAUCUGUGGAAGGAUGCAAUUUCAUCUUCCUGGCUUGGUAGAUCAGGUGGAAGCUUGUAUAAAUUACAAUAAGCAUCGUUUGGUAUUCUACACUUCCCUGUUUCACUGUACAGUCACCCACUCUUAAAGCUUACCAACUUAUUAUGCGGGGAUCCAAAAAUUGCAGUGUAACUAGUGAAAGAACAACAAUAUAGCAUAGAAGAUUAGUUUCCCAUUUUGUAUCUAGCGGGAAUUUAAAUCCUGAAUAUUUUUUUUAAGCAAAUGCUUCCUUGUUGCCUAGACUACAAAAUUAGGAACCAUUUGAGAUUGGGGAGUUCUGAAUCUCGAUUCCCGACGCUGUUCAGUGUGUUGUAUCAAAAUGAGUUGCUUAAUAACUAUUCACUUCAUUUUUCCA